GGCUGUGAUAGUCACUUCGAAGCGUUUCGCUUUCCCCCAACUGUGGCUGUUUAAAAUCUCUCAGUCCAGACAAUUAACAGCUGAAGAAAAUAUGACAAGACACACGCAGCGAGGUUGGGAGAUAGAGAGAAGGAAUGCGCCAGAAGAGAGUUGAAUUGCCGCCUUGUACACGAACUGGCAGAUCUCCUCUCCUCAUCACCCUCCCUGCUUGCUCCAACGCACCCCCAGAGCUGUGUUUUUCCCUUUUCCUUUUUUCCCCUGUCUGCUGAAGGCCAGGACCGAUCUGUUAACUGUACACCACUGACGGGGAGGCCAAAGCCGCUCAUGGCCAUACGCUGCACAUUGGUAAAUUGCACUUGUGAAUGUUUCCAACCAGGGAAGAUAAACCUGAGAACCUGUGAUCAGUGUAAACAUGGGUGGGUGGCACAUGCUUUGGACAAGCUUAGCACUCAGCAUCUGUACCAUCCAACACAAGUGGAGAUUGUACAAUCCAAUGUUGUGUUUGACAUCAGCAGUCUGAUGCUCUAUGGUACUCAGGCCGUGCCAGUGAGGCUGAAGAUACUGCUAGACCGACUCUUCAGUGUGUUGAAACAGGAAGAAGUGCUGCAUAUCCUACACGGUUUGGGCUGGACGCUCCGGGACUAUGUUCGAGGCUACAUCCUUCAGGAUGCUGCAGGCAAAGUGCUGGACCGCUGGGCCAUCAUGUCCAGGGAAGAAGAGAUUAUUACCCUUCAGCAGUUUCUGAGGUUCGGAGAAACCAAAUCCAUUGUGGAGCUGAUGGCAAUUCAAGAAAAAGAAGGGCAAGCAGUGGCUGUACCAUCUUCAAAGGCAGACUCAGAUAUAAGGACUUUUAUUGAAAGCAAUAAUCGAACCAGGAGUCCAAGCCUCCUCGCUCACCUGGAGAACAGUAACCCAUCCAGCAUUCAUCAUUUUGAAAACAUCCCCAACAGCCUGGCAUUCCUGCUUCCAUUUCAGUACAUCAAUCCAGUCUCUGCUCCUCUGUUGGGCUUGCCUCCAAAUGGGCUUCUGCUGGAACAGCCAACACUGAGGCUGCGUGAACCAAGUCUUUCAACCCAGAAUGAAUAUAAUGAAAGCAGCGAGUCUGAAGUCUCCCCGGCCCCUUUCAAGAGUGAGCAGACAGCCAGCAGGAAUGCCUUGACCAGCAUCACAAAUGUCGAGCCCAAAACUGAGCCAGCUUCUGUGUCCCCUGUUCAGACAUCUACCCCCGUCAGUGAUUUAUCCAAACCUGAACACACUAAAAGUACUUUUAGAAUCCACAGAAUGAGGCGAAUGGGAUCAGCAUCACGGAAGGGGAGAGUCUUUUGCAAUGCAUGUGGCAAAACCUUUUAUGACAAGGGGACUCUCAAAAUACACUACAAUGCAGUCCACCUUAAGAUCAAACAUAGAUGUACUAUUGAAGGUUGUAACAUGGUCUUCAGCUCACUCAGAAGUCGUAACCGUCACAGCGCUAACCCUAACCCCCGGCUUCAUAUGCCCAUGCUAAGGAACAAUCGUGAUAAGGAUCUGAUCCGUGCUACAUCAGGUGCCGCCACACCUGUUAUAGCAAGUACAAAAUCCAAUCUAACAUUAACAAGUCCUGGACGACCUCCAAUGGGUUUUACCACUCCCCCAUUAGAUCCUGUGCUUCAAAAUCCUCUACCUAGCCAACUUGUAUUCCCAGCUUUAAAGACUGUACAGCCUGUUCCUCCUUUUUACAGAAGUUUACUUACACCUGGUGAGAUGGUGAGUCCUCCAACCUCAUUACCCACGAGUCCUUUAAUGCCAGCAACUGGUACAAUAGAGCAGCCUCCUCUUCCUCAUUCAGAAUCAACACUACCUGCAGUGCUGAUGCCUUCCCAGGAGGCAAAUGCUGACCUUGCCCCUAAGAAAAAGCCAAGGAAGUCAAGCAUGCCUGUGAAAAUAGAGAAGGAAGUCAUUGACACCGCUGAUGAGUUUGAUGAUGAAGAUGAGGAAGUUAAUGACAGCAGAAGUGUAGCGAAUGAUGGUGGGCAUGACAAUCAUUGCCUUUCUCAGGAAGAGAUGAGCCCCGGGUUGUCUGUGAAAGACUUCUCAAAAAAUGGGAGAAACAGGUGCAUUUCAAGGACCGAGCUAAGAAGGGCAGAUAGCAUGACAUCGGAAGACCAAGAGCAUGAGAGAGACUAUGAGAAUGAGUCAGAAUCCUCAGAACCAAAACUGUGUGAUGAAUCCAUGGAAGGGGAUGAACACAUGAUGCAUGAAAGAAAUAAUAAAUCCAUGGUGAACCAUGACAGGCCAGAUGAAAACCACAAUGAUGCUUCCCACCACACUGAAGUGAAGGUUAAGGAAGAAUUCACAGACCCGACGUAUGAGAUGUUCUACAUGAGCCAAUAUGGACUUUACAAUGGAGGCAGUGCCAGCAUGGCUGCACUCCAUGAAAGCUUCACUUCAACAUUCAACUAUAACAGCCCCCAGAAAUUUUCCCCUGAGGGCGAUUUGUGCUCCAGCCCAGAUCCCAAAAUCUGCUAUGUGUGCAAGAAGAGUUUCAAGAGUUCCUACAGUGUGAAACUCCACUAUAGGAAUGUUCACUUAAAAGAGAUGCAUGUCUGCACAGUGGCUGGCUGUAAUGCUGCCUUCCCCUCACGGAGAAGCAGGGACAGACACAGUGCUAACAUAAACCUGCACCGUAAACUGUUGACUAAAGAACUGGAUGACAUGGGACUGGAUACCUCUCAGCCCUCUCUUAGCAAGGACCUUCGUGAUGAAUUUUUGAUGAAGAUCUAUGGUGCCCCACAUCAGAUAGGGUAUGACAUAAGGGAAGACACAUCCUCCCCAGCAGGUACUGAGGAUUCCCAUCUGAAUGGGUACGGAAGGGGCAUGUCCGAAGAGUACAUGGUGCUAGACCUCAGCACCACUUCCAGCAUCCAGUCCAGUAGUAGCAUCCAUUCCUCGAGAGAAUCUGACGCAGGAAGCGAUGAGGGCAUUCUCCUUGAUGAUGUGGAUGGGGCAAGUGACAGUGGGGAAUCGUCACACAAGGCUGAUGCCCCAACCUUAGCGGUCGGCAUGGGCGCUGAAGUCCCAGGGUCCCUCAUGUUUAACAGUGUUUCCAUGAGCAACGGGGGGAUCAUGUGUAACAUUUGCCACAAAAUGUACAGCAACAAGGGGACACUCAGGGUGCAUUACAAGACUGUGCACUUGCGAGAAAUGCACAAGUGCAAAAUCCCAGGAUGCAACAUGAUGUUUUCCUCUGUCCGCAGUCGGAAUCGACACAGUCAGAACCCCAAUCUGCAUAAAAACAUUCCCUUCACUUCGCUAGAUUAGUUCAGAGGUGGACAUGGUAAACGCCAGCUCUCACAGAAGGUCUUUCUUCUAUGAACUGCCAUUUACAGACUAUUAUAUAAAUAUAUAAAAUAUAAAUAUAAAUAUAUAUCUUUUUUUCUUUUUUUUAACAAAACAGAAAAACUCCAGGUGCUUUUUUUCCCCUUUUUCUAAUUUUUGUUUGUUCGUUUGUUUGUUAGGGUUUUUAUUUUGUGUGGGUUGGGGUAGUUAUCUUUAACCUGGGAUGAAAUUUCCACUGCUUUAAAAAAAGAGAAAAAAAAAAACAUGAACAGACUUGCAUUUUAAAGCCCCACUUUUGUUAUAAAAAUAUGUGGUCAUCUCCAAAGAGACUGUUUCUCCUACCUAUGACUGUUGCCUGUAACCUUAGAAAAGGAAGGGAAAAAUGGGAAAAACCCGAAGAAACAAAGCACUGCAGAGAGAAACGAGAGAGAGAGAGAGAAAAGAACAACUUCAGUUGUCUAUGGUGAAUUUGAAAACUUUGAGAAGACCGUCAACUACGCAUGGCUGUUACACUUGUAUAUAUUGAGCCUCGAAGGGCCCAUGAUGUAAAGCAAUUGUAUUGAUGGUGGUUUAACCCUUUUUUUGUUUCAUUUUGUUUCGUUUUGGGUUUUUUUUCCCUACAUUUACAUCUACAUCCAGCUGUUAGAUAUGCGGGGAGGGGGGUAUAGUUUGCUGGCUAGCUCUAUUCAUUUAUCUUAGCUUCGAUGCACAUUUUUUUUAAAAAAAGAAAAAAGAAAACACAAGGUCUUGUUUUUUAACUACCUGCUAGAGAUGCGUAAUGCGGAGGUGCUGGCAUGCUUUAGAGCACCUGAUCAGAUACAGGUUUUUUGUUUUGUUUGUUUUUUGGUCUUGUUACUAUUACAUAAAUCCAGUCAUGCACUUUUUUCUUACACAAUGUGGGGAUGUGUAAUAAUAUCCAUACCCUUUUUUCCCUUAAAAGUAUUGCCAUACUUUCAGUGUCUUAUUAAGAAAAAUACACUUUGUUACAAGUGGUCUGGUCAGUAUGGGGUGAGAAUGCCGAACAAAAAGUGUUAAGUAUUAACACAAAACUGCUAACUUUGCACAAGUUUUCAGUAACCAAAAUAUAAUCAGCUGCCAUAACCACAGGCCAAAAUUUUGGCAGUCAGGAAACAAAAUCAAUCCUAGGAAUUUGGAAGAAAGGGAGGAAUACGAAGAAAUGUUCUUUGCCGGGUCUAUUAUUCACCUCCACAAAGCAACUCCAUCAGUUGGAUUGUUUUUUUAAAGGAAAGUGAGAGACAAUGAAGACAUUUCUUCAACAGAGGUAGGUGGCCUUUCAGGAAAUAGGUAUCUCAGACUACCAUCCACACACACUUCCCUGGGAGCAAGUCCCACUGACGGGGUCACCAGCCCAUGCCAUCCCACCCCCUUCCCCAUGAAAAAAGCAACAUGUGGUGGAAACUUCUUUCCCACUUCAAAUGUCCCCUCCCGGAUGUGUGGAAGUGCCGAGCCUGGUGCUGUCCUAUCACCUGCUUUCUCCCCACACAUUACUGGGGAGACACGUGGCAAAGGGGAGGGAGGGCGCAACAGGGGUUUGCCAAAGCUGCACAUUGCCUGUAAGGUUUAGUUAGCGCCUCGGUGACUUGAGGGCUGAACAUGAAUUCCUGAGACAAAUGAGUCCGUAUGUGCUCUACUGAAGACUUGGGCUUGUGUUGCAUCACAAAGGAAAACAAUCUGACCUCUGCAAAGUUGUCUGAUGUGCACUGGAAAGUGCAAUAGUGUGAUUAGGGCAUCUUUCAAUAGAUGUUAUCAGGAGCCAUUAAUGGCAUAAGCACUUAAAGCUUGGAAAAUAUGUGCUGUUCCCCCUUGGAGAAAUCUGAAGUCGUGGCUGUGGUGGAGGGACCCAAAACACAUCUUAAUGUUUUAAUCUUUUGUACUUUCCCAACACGAUUUGUCAGGAAGAAUUACAGUAGAGUUAGGAAAGGGUACAUCAGAGAGGAAGCCUAUGAUUGAGGAAGACAGGGAGAAGCUGCUCUCCGCAUCUUUUUUGUUGUUGUUGUUGUUUCUGGUGUUUACACAUGUCUGAGCAUGGCAAACCACGCUGGCAGCCUACUUUACCACAGCAUACUGACUGAAUGAUCAUAUUUACUUAAGCUCAGCCUACAGCCAAGAACAUUAUGGUGUGUGUCAUAUAACAGAUCAUAUAUAUAUAUAUAUAUGGAUAUGUAUAUGUAUGUGAUUCUGCAUACCUUGUAUUGUUCAUUCAAAGAGAAUGUUUUUCUUUCCUAGAACAUUUCUUUGUAACUACAAAACCAGAAAUAUUUGGUCGUUUUCAGAUUCCGAGUUAACUCUCUUCAAUUUCAACCACUCUUAAUUGCAUAUCACCAUCAGCAAUCUAGUACGUUCGUUUUACUAGAGGAAACUAUUCUGGUUAAAUGGACUCCUUCUUUUUUGGUGGCCCCAAUCCAGGUAUAGUUAUUUGUGACUAAUCCCAUUGGAAGCAAUGGGAACAAGUUGGUCACAACUAACUUAGGUCUCUUUCAAUGGCACUUAGUCAUGUCUAGCUUUAGCUUAAUUGGGGACUCUGUAUGCUACAGUAUUUUUUAAGAAACAAAACCCUAGUUGCAGUAUCUCCAUGUGUGUAAUAAAGAAAAAAUGCCUUACUUUAGGCCACGUUGCUUUGUUAUCAAAUAGUGAACUCACAACAAAAUCCAUACAGCCUCUUUUAAAAAUGUUACCAACCAGUAUGUCCCAAAUACGUUUAUAUCAAAAAUAUGUUUACAUCAAAAUGUCCACAACUUUUGCUGACUUGAUUUUUUCAUUUGUGUGUUGUCCUUUUUCCAAAGUCUUAAUUACUUUUUUAUAUAAAAUUGGAUGGAGAGAUGCUUUGUUUGGUUUUAUGCUGCGUAUGUACCGUAUGCUUGUGAAAGGGAACAUAGAAAAGUAAAGAUGUGUUCUUCCCAAACAUAUGAACCUUUGUAGUGUUAUCUGUACUGCACUGUCUUUUCAAACACCCCAAGUCAUUAGGAAUUAAGAAAAAGAAAUAUUGACAAGGCAAAACAGACCUAAACAAACGGUUAAAUGGUAUCUAAGGAACAAAAAAAACACUGUUUUUGAAGUAUGUAUGGUAUAAAUAAAUAUCGUUUUUAAUGAAAAACAUAUUUGAGGUAUAUAAAUAAUUCUUUCCUGAA